AAGCGUCUCCUCCGCUGGGCCGAGUCCGCCAGCCUGCCGGCGGGCAUGGAGGACUGCCCCCGAAGCCCCCGCGCGGCCCGCGGCCGCACGCCCGCCGGCCCUCGCUAGCUGUUGGCUUCGGGCGUUUUCUUCUUCACCAUCCAGCCGAGUCUUCGGAGUCCGUGGCGUUGAGAUUCGCACGAAAUGGAAGAAAAGGAGCGAUGUGACCCAUUCGGCUUUGCCCUCCUGCAUUGAGGCCUAGUUGGCAUCUGCAGAGAGGAAAACACAGCCAGGAAAGCGUGUUUUUUUUUUUUUUUUUUUCCCCACUCCAAAGGGGGUGGGCGGGGAGGUAGUGAAAGGGAGGAAUCUUACGUUUUAUAUGUUCUUUUUCAUUCUGCACUUUGAAAGUGGUGGCUAAAUAAACUAAUCCAAAAGUUAUUUUUUUCUACCGAGAAGACAGAAGAGGUGGAUUUUUUUUUUUUUUUUUUUUUUGGUCCCUUUUGAGUCCAACCUUUUCUCCCAGUGACAAAGCAUAAAUCAUGGACACCAGAGAAUAAGGUGAAACCUCAGGAAUCUGAAGACAGAGAAGCCUAGACCUUCUGAUUCAGGAGGGAAGGAGUGGGGGUGUUUAUUGGCUCUGUCUGGAACCUAAAUCGAAAAACAUGAGUUGCAUGCCAUGGAAAGGGGACAAGUCCAAAUCUGAAUCCUUGGAGCUUCCCCAGGCAGCACCCCCCCAAAUCUACCAUGAGAAGCAGCACAGGGAGCUGUGUGCCCUUCACGCCCUCAACAACGUCUUCCAGGACAGCAACGCCUUCACGCGGGAAACGCUGCAGGAGAUUUUCCAGAGGUUGUCUCCAAACACUAUGGUGACGCCCCACAAGAAGAGCAUGCUGGGAAAUGGGAACUAUGAUGUGAAUGUCAUCAUGGCAGCACUUCAAACCAAAGGCUAUGAGGCUGUUUGGUGGGACAAGCGCAGGGACGUGGGUGUCAUUGCUCUCAGUAACGUCAUGGGCUUCAUCAUGAACCUGCCCUCCAGCCUGUGCUGGGGUCCCCUCAAGUUGCCUCUCAAAAGGCAGCACUGGAUCUGCGUUCGUGAGGUGGGAGGGGCCUACUACAACCUUGACUCCAAACUCAAGAUGCCGGAGUGGAUUGGAGGCGAGAGAAAUUUCUAAAAUACCAUUUGCGAGGAAAAAACUGUGAACUCCUACUGGUGGUACCAGAAGAAGUGGAAGCCCAUCAGAGCUGGAGGGCGGAUGUGUGACAGUUCUGCUGGACCCGCUCUUCGCCUCAACCCUCCAGCCCUCUUUGAUGUGCUGUGGCCUCUACAAUGGGUCUGUCCAGCCACUUCCCCAAACAUCUCAUUGGGUUUCCCCCUCAAAUUUGCCAGUGCAAUAGGACAGGUGUGUGGACUGUCACAGAGCCACCAAGCACUGUCUGUGCCUGGGGGAAGAAGGUAGAGGAGCUCUGAACACUUAGGGCAAGCCAUUGAACACCCUUUUCUAUUUCAGAGGGAGGGUGAAAAGGGUCCUUGGGGGCGCUUGCUUAUUUCCCCUUUCUAUGAGGACUUGACACAGGUUCUGCUGGUAGUUGUCACUGAUGCUCCAGGCUCACAGGGGGGCCGCCUCCUCUUUUUAUCUCCUGUGGCACCAGGGUGUCCAAGGACACAGUACACACAGAGCCCAGUGACUCGCUCAGAGGACCCAGAGCAUAAGCGUCUCAGGAAACUGUCAAGCCCCUAGUGGUGGCACCGCAUGCCAUCUGCAUCCAUGAUGCCACCUCUUACCCCAUUUUUAAUCCUAGCCAGCCUUGGAGUUUUAUACUGAAAAGUUCUGAUAUUCCAAAGUCGGUAAAUUGCAUGGUAUUCCAGCAAGACAGUGGUGAAAAAGAUGCCUAAUAUUGUGGAGCUGAAGCCCCAUUAGGACAGUCACGGGUAGCUUUUCACUCUAAUAUGUCCCUACCAUUUCACUACAUUGACUCAGGAAGCUCUGGGGCAAAGACAAUGAAGAGGGACAGCACUCCUGGUUGGCCCAUUUUAGCAAAGUCAGAAACACAUCUACCGUUGGCAUCGAACUCCAAAGUUGGGGACAGAGUUGAGAGGAAACUGCCAUGAAGGUGAGCCUCACAGUUUGAGAAUGAGAACUGGUAGGCACAUCCUGGGCUCCAGCACUGUGGCAUGGGAGUCUCAGGUUGCUUGUGUGCAUCUUUGUGUAGUUUCCUUCACCAACUGAGGUUGGCUCACCCCCACCUCAAGUAGUUCUAGACCAUUUUUUUCUCCUGUAAUUUUGGAAAAUUAGAGGAAAUAAAUAUCAUACCACACACCAAUGUGGCUGUGGUGGCCUUCAAGGUGGGCAGGCAGGUGACCUGGCCAGCCCUUAGGGAGCCAUGGUCUCUGCAGGUCUGAGAGCUGCCCCAUGGCCAGGCUUCUCCCUUGGCAGCAGAGCUAGCCUAGGGGCUUGCAUGUCAAUCCUGAGCAAGCAUAUUGGGGUGAAGCAGGGGCUAUCUCCCCACUGUGACUGGAGUGCAUGUUUACACCAGCACUUUUUCUGCACAUGUAUCUUCAAUCCAACAAGGCCGUUUUUUAUUCGAGUAGCAGAGGCCCCGGGUGGCUACUGCAUUACACUCAACCACGGUCAUCUGUACCAUUUUCUACACCGGAUCUGCUUGGCACCAUGGGGAGCUCUGACCCUGCACAAUGACAUUCCAAUCACUACCAGCCAGAAGUUACAGCCGACCUUGCUGAUUGUCACAAGCCGGACCUUGGGUCCAUUGGCACUGUCGGUGGUCGUAAGCCAUUUCCUGGGAGAGGAGACUCCUCUCUCCAGAUCUGCCUGGGCCUGUGCAAAUGGCACUGCAAAGGAGUCCCACGCACGUGGAGUCCAUGAGCCAGUGGGAUGGACAAAGACGCUUAAGCAUUUCAGGGCUGGUUCUGUUCAUAUCCAAUUCUGGUGCUUAGGAACAGGGACCCAUGUGAUGCCGGAGGGCAAAAAGCCCCACUCCUUAAGGAAGGGGCAUCCUGACCCUGAUGCCCAGCGAGGGGCAGCCCUAGGCUUUGUUUUUCUUGCUUUAUUCCCUUUUUUUUGUUGGCCUUGUGCUGGGUUUGUUUACAAAGAUGUAUUUUGUUUAACCAAAUAUUAAAAAUGAAAAACUGAACACAA